GUGCUACGUAGUUAGGUGAGCAUAAACCACAUUGCCGUUAUUCCGAUAAAUAUUCCAGAAAAACAUGGCAGGUUGACGAGAAAAUAUAUGCGGAUUAUCGAAGAGACACCACCCAUAAUCUCUCUCGAAAAAAAGAAAGCCCCAUGAGGUAGUCGACGCCACCCAGUCCGACCUAACAAAAUCUAUCAAAAUAAUAAAAAAAAAUCAAAGCUAGAAAACCAUAGAUUAAAAUCCCAUGACAGCCGUCAAUUGUAUAACCAAAUGCCAUAAUUUUAUUAUACAAUUACGUUGGGACGUACGGUAAUCCAUAAGGAGAAUUAUGCGAAUAAAAAUAUGUAACGUCGAGGAAUUGCCGAUUUCGGUGUGAAAAAUAUUUUCUAAAAAUAGAAAGUCGAGCGAGCAUGACCGAAAUACCCCGAGAGAGGGGAAUCCCCCUUCCUCACGAGGCCUGUGGUGGGGUAAUGGAGUUGAGCUAUUGGUUGUGAGUGAUUUUCCUAAUUUUCCAUUGGUCCUCUGGUGCAUGGGGCUCCAUCGGGGGCUGGGGGACGAGGAAAUCACAGAAGGUGACUAGUCAGCAAAGACUUUAGCAACGAGGACUCCAUUUUAUCUGUAUCGCCAUUAUUUUCCAUCGCGUUAUUCAACCAAGAGGUUUAUCCUCAAUAAAUAAUUCCACCGAAAUAAAAAGAAGAUAAACUAGUUUUCGAGUUCAUUUAUCUGCUUGAGCGAGAAAUAUCUCAGGAUUAAAUAACAAUCGCAAUGAUUUUGCUCGAUCGAUUCGUCUAGACUGAAUAAGAGUGAAUUUGUUUUUGUUAAGAUGCCGCGCAUUGACCCGUUGGCGUUGCUCAAUUGCCUGAGCGUUUUAUUGGGCCCAAGUGGUGACAUCAAGGGAAUCAAGGAAGUCGAUCGUUUGGUCACACUCAUGACUAAAUUUUCCAAGAAGCUAGUGUCCAAAUGCAUCUACGUCCAGAUACUCAAGACCACGAAUCCAGAUUUGCUUGAUCAAUUCAUGAACACUGGGGGAUGGGACCUGGUGCACGUAUGGUUGACAGACGCGAUAUUCGCCCAGAAUUGGGCGCUGAUCCAAGAGCUACUGGAGCUCCUGCUGCUGUCACCAGUGAACAUCCAACGACUGAAAUCAAACAACAACCCAAAGCUGGUGAAAACGCUGUCAAAAGAGGAAAGCCACCAGGGCGUCCGACUGCUAGCCCUCCGCCUAGUAGACAAAUGGUUAAAACUGGUGAAGGACUCAGUGCCACAGCAGCCAGAGACACCAAAGCCAGAUGCCGACCUGGUGAAGACUCCAGAGAUAACAACAGUCAAAGUACAGGAUCUAAACCCAAAGGAAUCACAAGAUCAGCAAUUUGUCGAUAAGAAUUCCAUGAUCCAUAUCCAACCUGUUCAAUUAGAAAUAGUUAAUAAAACACUUCCAGGGCAGACGCAGCCAACGCAAAUAAAGAAACAAUCGUUUGUACUUGUUUCGAGUGUAGGACAGAGCUCACAGCAGUUAUCACAACAGAGUGCAUCCCAAGGUGCAUCAGCUGUGCCUGUUUAUAAAAUAACAAUACGAGAUGGUAAACAAGUAUUGACGAGAGUUGGUCCUGACGCUGAGAGUAUACCUGUUUGCGAUAGCCCUAGUAAUGUAGAGUGUACUGAUAAUGGGGGUAAUGAUAAUGACAAGGUAGAGGGUAAUGAUGAUGGAAUUAAAGCUGAUAACAGUGUUGAAUUAUCUGGUGAAGUGAAUGACAUAUUAAUUAGCUUUAAGGAAGAUGUGAUUGAUGUCAAAGAUUGUAGUGAUAGUAAGUCAAAUGACAAGGAGAACAGGGAUUCACCCAAGAAGGAGGAGAAAAUUGUUGAGAAGAAGAGCAGUCACAGCUCGAAGAGGAGCCACAGCUCAAGCUCGAGGAGUUCACACAGAUCGACCUCGUCACACCGUGGUAGCAGCUCCAAGAGCAGCUCCAGCAAGUCUUCCAGGGAUAAGGACAGGCACAGACACUCCAGCAGCUCCAGGGGUAAAUCCGAGAGGGACAGGGAGAGAGAGAAGGAGAAAUUGAAGAAGGAUCAAGCGGAGAAGGACAAGGCAACGCUUGAGAAGGUCCAGGGACAGUCACUCAGCACGAAAUUUGGAAAAAUACCGAAGAAAAAAGUUGAGGAGGAGAAGGCUGAUGGUUCUGUUAGAAAAUCAUCGACUGACUCCAGGGACAGCUCCAAGGAGAACAAGGAUAAGACUGAUCCUAAAAAGGAGGCCAUUCAGGGGGUUCUUGAGAAAAAAAAUAUAUCAAUUUCGAUUGAAAAUAGGAAGAACUCUCAGGACACGUCCAGGCCCAAAACUGUCAAGACUUUUAAUUCGAAAUUUAGGUCGACUGGGCUGGAGGAAGAGAUCAAGCUGCCACCACCUAGGUCGGGGGUGAAGAAAAAUACCGGAUCCAGUGGGAAUAAUGAGAAGGUAACCACUCCUUUUCCCAUUGGGAGGAAGAGAUCUUCGCCUUUGAGGGAGUCUGGUGUUUCUGAUAAAAAGCCCAAACUCUCUAUUGAUGGCACUCUGCCUGGUAUGGGGGAGGAAAAGAAGGGAGCUAUCAAGCUUAUCCCAGCUAAACCAAAACCGAUGGUUCUCCAGGAGAGCGAUAUGUUCAUGGAUGCAUUGACGGCCUCAACCAAGAGCAAAGAGCCCAGGAAGAGGAAGAGGAGGAGUUCUCUGUCGAAGGAUGAUAAAGCUGAUGGGAAGAAAGAGGGGAUGGAGACCAAGGAGACGACACCACCACCUUCUUCACCACCUGUCGACGAGAGAUCGCCCAUUUCCAUUAAACCUGAUUUCAAGUUUUAUCAGGACACGUUGGAAACUGACGAGGAUAAGGCCCUGAAGCAGGAGCAGAGCGAUAAAGAGGAGGCGGAGAGCCGUGAGAAUCGUGAGGGCCUCGAGGAUGACGAGGGUAGCAGAACCCCAACGAAUUCCGAGGACAACGAUGAGCCAAAAGGUCCAGCAUCACCUGACGACUCGUCCGACCUGAAAGAGCCGUCAAGCCCCAAUCCCGAGAUUCGAUACGUCGACGGUCUCCGUAGUGUUCUCCUCCUGCAGAAGAGAAAGGGCCCGAAGAAGUCCCUGAAGUGGAAAGAGGAACUCGAAUCCGUGAGAUUCUUCGAGCUAGACGAGACAGAGCGAGUGAAUGUCACGAAAACCUUCACCGAUAUGAAGCAGAUGGAGAAACAGGGGGAGAGAGAGGCCUUCCAGAUGGCGAGAAAGCUCAACACCGAGGACGUCAUGGGGGAGAAGACGAAAUGGCGAAUGCUCAUCCCCAUAGAUCUACCACCACCACUGGUGGAGCCUGGAAAAGAAUCCAAGGAGAAGGACGUGCAGUACGCCAGAGAGAAAGGAAUUCUCCAGGCACUCUACUUCAAUCGUGGAAUGAUACCUGAUUCAGCAGCUGAACCUGACGAAGAGAGACACCACAUUCUCGUCGAUCCCAAGAUCAUUCCCCUGGACGAUUUAACUGGAAAUAAAGAGAGUGAGAAAGACUUCUCCAUGACACCCUGGCCUGAGCCAAAACCAUCGCUGGUACCACCUGCACCAGUUAUCCCCAAUGUCUAUCAUCAGGGAUUUCCACCCCAGGGAGUGGUCCAUCCUCAGGGAAUUCAGGGGAUUCCCAUGAGCAUUCAACCACCUGGAAUGAUUCCCAUGAAUCAUAUGGUCCAGGAGGUGGGGGCUGGAGGAUGGAGAACUGGUGAUGGAAAAGUUGUGGUGCCUGAUGUUAAUAUGGGAAUUAAUAAUAUGACGAAUAUCACAGGUUUUCCACCGCCUAAUAUGAUGCCACCACCGGGGAUUUAUAAUCAUCAGGGGCAUCAUCCGGGGCAUCAGGGGCCUGAGGGAUUUCCAGGGAUGAUGAUGGAUGAGGGAUUUGGUCAUAUGCAGGGUAAUUUUCAGGGGCCUGCGAUGUUUGGACCUGGACACAAUUUUCAGGGACCACCUCCACGGCCUGGAAUGAGGGGAAGAGGGGGACCUGGGUGGUUUAGAGGGGGACCUAUGAGAGGUGGGUGGCCUGGGAGGGGUAACUGGAGAGGGGGUAAACAGCCACCUGUUUGCAGGCAAUUUACGAAGAAUGGGUACUGCAGGGUUGGGGAUAAGUGUCAGUAUCUACAUCCUGGGGUCAAUUGUCCACCGUUUUGAGGGAGUGGGGGGCGGUGGGUGGUAUGAAACCACUGGGUUGUUUUUUUUUUCUGGUUGCGACAGGGGAUAUCUUCGGAUCCGGGGGAGAUAACGAUUUUUAUGUGGGGAGGUGUUUUGUCCGGAGUGGGAAGAGCUACAAAAAAGGUUCUCGGAAAAUUUCUGUGGAAAUUACAGCUUUUGAGAUAUCUGGGGAGAUGGGGAGAGUGCUUUCGGAGAUUGAAAAUUUUUUUCAUGGAGGGAGGGACCGGAAGGAGGGGGAGAUACAGAAAUUUUUGUGGGAGCUUUUUUGUAGUGCGAGAGAAGGGCUUGAAAAGAUGUUAUAUUGAAAUUAUCGGUAGAUUUCGCGGUUUUGGAGAUAUCGGCCUGUUACCCCGGUGAGAGUUGAGCUCUUCAGGUUGAUUAUUGUGCAAUCAGGUGGAUGAUUAUGGAGAUAACGCGUUCUGUGAUAGACUAUUGGCCUCGCCUGGUUUUACUGCCUCCCAGAGAGAUGUUUUUGGUAAACAUCGUUCCAUGCACUAGUUUUAAUGGGUGUAAAUAUGAUGUACAUAGGAUUUUUCCUAAUAGGUAAAUAGGUACGAGACGUUUAUCAGAGUCUACUUCCAUGAGACUGUUAUUUUAGGGAUUAGAUAACACCGAAUGGAAUUGUAAAGCUUUCAAUAUUAAUUUCGCUAAUUAAUGCCAUGAAGUGGUUGUAAUAUUACCCAAUAAUUUAUUCUUAUCAUGAUAAACAUUGAUUUAUUGAUGUAGUGAUUUGUAACUUAUGGAUGUAUAGUUUGUGGUAAAUCUUGCGUAGGGAAAAUUUAUUACACCACUCGAUUAAUAUCGAGAUUAAACCUAAGGUACAUUAUGUUGUUGAUAGACGACAAUGCUUGAUUGAGAAAAUACAUUGAUAAUUAUUUUUCAA